GCCGAAACCGACACGGAUGGCCGCACCGUCAAGCCCAAGCUCGGAUGGGACGGACCCGCCGCUGCUGCCAUCGAUGCCGUCAUUUUCGCAGCUACCCGUGACCACCUAUGUGCGCUGCCUCCACCUGCACGCUGCGUUUCGCAAGGCAUUUGCUUCGCCACCGGUCCACCUACUGCAGGACGCGGCGGCAACCGAACGCCUCGGAGCAUCGCUCCAGGAGCUCAUCACAUGCGGACGGUCCGACGAAGCGCACAGUCCCAGCAGCAGCGCGAUGAUUCUCUUGCCAUCCAUACGGCUCUUUCUCCAGAUUGUUCUUGCCCAGGACCUUUUGACCUUCGCCAAGGCGCCCACCGUGUCGAUGGACGUGCUACUGAGCGUCGGCAGCUUCCACCGCGUCCUUUUGCAUACGACGCAGAGCAUCGACGCUGUACUAAGCGUCGUCGCCGCGUACCUCGAGUCGAUUUCGUAUGCACCUGCCUUUACAGGCACCCUCGUCACGCCACUCGAAGAGCUCCAGGCGCAGCUCAAGCUGCACUUGGCGCUCUGGACCGAAGAGUGGGUAGCUCUCAUCACGCGGGCGGCCAAGCACAUUUGCGAUCGGCAAGGGAUUCCAGCGACACCCUCGGCGGCGGAUCGCAUGGCGCUUCGGACGAGCCCGUACGCACAAGAGCUCCUGCAUGUCAUCUUACAGCCGCUGGGAACCUUUCUUGUCUCUGAGCCCAAUAUUGCAUCGCGCACUUACCUUCUGCAUCUCGUGUCGCGUCACACGUUUGAAGCCUGGAUCGAGGAGCUCGCAAGUAUCACCAAAGUCUCGGAAGCGGGCAGUGUCCAGCUGCGCAAAGACGUCGAGACGGUCAAGCUCUGGUGCGGCGACGUCGACUCGCGGCACCGUGAAGUCCAUGGGUACAGCCGCCUACAGAAUACAAGCACGCUCCAGCGUCUCGACAGAACCGUGGCAGCAUGGCGCCAAACCGAGAUGCGCAAGCGCCGGUCGAGCUUUGACAUGGUCAUGGACUCGAGCCUCAUCACUACGUCGCGCCACUUGGCCGAUCGAAUGACAAUGAACAACAAGUAGUCGCUCCACCGUGUCGACAAGGGGCUACAACACGUCCUUGAGUCCUUCAAAGGGAACCAGAGACGAGACUCUAAGGCCCAGCAAGCACACAACGCUCAAGUCGAAAACAUCAGCUUUAAACGUAUACUACAGUACCAGCGAGUCCUACUUCUAUCUAGA